ACGUAUUCUUGGGCACCACAGAACAAGCAAAAACUAUCGCAGCAGUCAAGAUGUGCGGCUCCGACGUAUUCCUGGGCAUCAUCGCCAUCCUCUUCCCUCCACUGGCUGUGUGGGUGAAGAGAGGCAUCUGCAGCGCCGACGGUAUGAUCAACAUCGCCCUGUGCUGUUUGGCGUAUCUACCAGGCCUCCUGCAUGCCUGGUAUAUCAUCGCCAUCACACCAGAUCCAACGUACGAGCAAGUCGCACAGCACGAUGCCGAGCGAGGCACCAUAACGUAUUACUACGUCCAGACCGACGCACCACGAUACGCGCCGAAGCCACCACGCGGCGGUCAACCACGAAACUAUGGCACUGCCAGCUCAGCAGCGGCACCAAACGCCCAGUUCCCACAACCACAACCCCAGCCGCAACCUGCUCCAAUUCAGGCAGAGGCCGGACCGAGCGAUGACGCUCCACCACCUUCAUACCAGCAAGCGACAGGCGAUAAUAAGAUUCAGGGACCUUAGAUCCACUUUGCAAGAGAGCUUGUAUUGGUGUGCAUACGAUUGGACGAGCAUUGGAUAUCAUGAUCAUGGCUAUAACCGCGUCCCGGAGUAGGUGCAGAAGGCAAGCAUCGCGGGUAGGAGUGUAUGUAAGUCGCUACAACAGGUAGCCAUAUCUCUCGUACUAUUUCACCAAGUCAGCGCCUCU